CACCUUGCGUAUGGAAGUAUGGCGGCCCCAGCAGCCACCCGACGACGAGCGCUCGGUCGAAAGUUCGCCGCAGCUCCCCGGAGUCUCACAUGAGGGGCAAUGAGUAGGCGUGUGCGACACGGCGGCUCUGCGACAGCGAAGCGGCCAGCGGCGGUCUCCACGCGGGCACGACAGACGCCGUUGGCGGCGUCCGGCUGACGGAGGAGUCGCCUGGAUUUCGAUUUCGCUCUCCAAGUAGAUGGUGAUGGGUGGGGAGAGUCGCGGAGGUUUGCCACUUAGCUCCCGGUGGCUGGAAUAAAGCAAAAGUGUUGAAUUUGGAGAUGUUUUUGUUGAGAAAAGUGUUCGGGUGAGGACGCGGCGCCGCCGACCAACUGUUGACUGCUCCUGCGCCUUCAAAGAGGACCAGAGGCUAACGCGAGCUAGCCUCGAUGGCUAUCUGCACUUUUAGCUUAUGUUGCUCGGCUAAACUACGGGAUAUAAGUUUACAACAACACAUUCCUCAAGCACCCCAAUCCCAUUAAUGCGUGAUAAAAAGAGGCACGCUGGAGUAGCUUGGACCUGCAGAACAAAUCUGCAUCACACCAGGAGAGGACAUCCCGACCCAGGGCGAAGGACUCCUCCCGUCUCCUCCGCUGCUCAGCUCUUCUCCUCCCCUCUUCCUCCUCCUACUCCCUGCUCUCUGGCCAGUUGUCGGACGCCUGAGUCCGGCCCGCAGAGUCCCGGCUACGGCCUGGCACCCUGCCCUUAUGGGGCAGCAGCCGGGGAAGUUUGCAGGGGACCAGAGGAGACCCAGUCUGCCAGCCUUCAUCAAGGGUGUGAAGAGGGAGUCCACGCGCCAUGGGACGCAGCCCUGCAAUGUCUUUGCUGUGCACGAAGCUCUUCAGAGACCAGACUUUGAGGGUCAAGGUCUGACCGAAGCAGCCCGCUGGAACUCCAAAGAGAACCUGUUGGCUGGACCCAGCGAAAAUGACCCCAACCUCUUUGUGGCGCUGUAUGAUUUUGUGGCCAGUGGUGACAACACGCUCAGCAUUACUAAAGGCGAGAAGCUCCGCGUGCUUGGCUACAACCACAACGGCGAGUGGUGCGAGGCGCAGACCAAAAAUGGCCAGGGCUGGGUGCCGUCCAACUACAUCACCCCCGUCAACAGCCUGGAGAAGCACAGCUGGUACCACGGGCCCGUCUCGCGCAACGCCGCUGAGUACCUGCUCAGCUCGGGGAUCAACGGCAGCUUCCUGGUGCGCGAGAGCGAGAGCAGUCCCGGCCAGAGGUCCAUUUCCCUGCGCUACGAGGGGAGAGUCUACCACUACAGGAUCAACACGGCAUCCGACGGCAAGCUGUACGUGUCGUCGGAGAGCCGCUUCAACACGCUGGCCGAGCUGGUGCACCACCACAGCACGGUGGCCGACGGCCUCAUCACCACACUGCACUACCCGGCGCCCAAGCGCAACAAGCCCACCAUUUACGGCGUGUCCCCCAACUACGACAAGUGGGAGAUGGAGCGCACCGACAUCACCAUGAAACACAAGCUGGGCGGGGGACAGUAUGGCGAGGUGUACGAAGGCGUGUGGAAGAAGUACAACCUCACCGUGGCCGUCAAGACGCUAAAGGAGGACACAAUGGAAGUGGAGGAGUUCCUCAAGGAGGCCGCUGUUAUGAAAGAGAUCAAACAUCCCAACCUGGUGCAACUUUUGGGCGUGUGCACGCGGGAGCCGCCAUUCUACAUCAUCACAGAGUUCAUGACCCACGGCAACCUGCUGGACUAUCUGCGGGAGUGCAACCGAGAGGAGGUUAACGCUGUGGUGCUGCUCUACAUGGCCACGCAGAUCUCCUCCGCCAUGGAAUACCUGGAGAAAAAGAACUUUAUACACAGGGACCUCGCCGCCCGCAACUGCCUGGUGGGCGAGAACCACCUGGUAAAGGUCGCAGACUUCGGUCUGAGCCGGCUGAUGACGGGGGACACAUACACGGCCCACGCGGGGGCCAAGUUCCCCAUCAAGUGGACGGCUCCGGAGAGCCUGGCCUAUAACAAGUUCUCCAUCAAGUCGGACGUGUGGGCGUUUGGUGUGCUGCUGUGGGAGAUCGCCACCUACGGGAUGUCCCCGUACCCCGGCAUUGACUUGUCCCAAGUGUAUGAGCUGCUGGAGAAGGACUACCGCAUGGACCGACCCGAGGGCUGCCCCGAGAAGGUCUACGAGCUCAUGAGGGCCUGUUGGAGGUGGAACCCUUUAGAACGUCCAUCUUUUGCAGAAACCCACCAAGCCUUCGAGACAAUGUUCCAGGAGUCCAGCAUCUCAGACGAGGUGGAAAAGGAGCUGGGGAAGAAAGGGAAGAAGGUGACAUUGGGCUCCAUUCAGCAGGCUCCAGAACUGCCCACCAAGACCAGGACGCUACGCAAAAAUAAGGACAACCGGGACGGAGAUAGUCCAGACCCGGCGGACCCCGAAGUCUCCCUGCCCUCCCCGAUGCUCCCCAGGAAAGAGCGCCCCCUCCUGGACGGCAAUCUGAACGAGGACGACCGGCUGCUGCCCAAGGACAAGGACAAAACGCGCGGCGGAUUUCUGAGCCUCAUCAAGAAGAAGAAGAAGAACGCUCCGGCGCCUCCCAAGCGCAGCUCCUCCUUCCGGGAGAUGGACGUCCACCCCGAUCGGCGGGGCGGAUGUCCGGAACCUCGGGAUGUCGACUGCUUCAACAACGGCGGAUCUUUGGCCAUCAACGACGCCGCGCAUGUACUCGAAUCCUCAAAGUUCCCGGCUACUAACAAUAACGGCACAAACGGAGCUCCCGCCUACCCGGGACCGUUGUUCCCCCGGAAGAAGGGCGCCCCUGCUGUGCCCGGACCCGUGGGCAAGGCGACUGUCACCUCACCCGGUGAAGAGGAGGUCAUGACGAACUCUAAGCGCUUCUUCUGGUCCUCCAGCCUACCCGCCGGGCCGGACGGCACCCAGUGGAGGUCCGUCACCCUGCCAAGGGACUUGGGCCAGAGGCAUUUCGACUCGGGCACCUUUGGGGGCAAACCGGCGCUCCCCCGCAAGAGAACCAGCGAGCAGAAAGGGGACAUUGCCCCCCGUAUGGGCACUCUGACUCCUCCUCCACGUCUGCCCAAGAAGCCGGAAGAGUCGCCGGAUGAGGGGCCGAAAGACGGCGAGGCGAGUCCCGUAUCCAGUCCCCAGGCUUUAACCCCCAAGGUGGUCAAGAGGCCCGGGCUCCCGGAGAACUCAAAAACCAGCGCCCUGCACGCCGAGCUUCUCAAGCCCAGCGUCUUCCCGGCAUUGGGCGCCGCCGGAGACGAGUGCCGGGCCCGCCGCAACAAGCACACCCCCGACGCUCGAGAGAAAGGAAAGUUCCAGAAAUCCAAACCGGCUCCUCCGCCGCCCCCUGCCAACGCCAAAACAGGGAAGACCUCCCGCAGUCCUGCUCAAGAUCUCCCGUCCCCUUCGUCAGAAAUCAAAGCUAAGGGGCUCCUGUCCGCCUCGGAGCCCCAACACGGAACCACUGCCGGUGAGGGGGCCAAGAAGCUGCCCCUGAGCUGCAACUCCAAACCUCAACCGCUCAAGACCUCCGCCUCGGCGAGCGGCUCCCUAGGGGGCGACCCGCAAGGCGCGCCGGCUGCCUUCAUCCCCCUCGUCAACCCCCGCCGCUCCCUGCGCAAGACGGCACCGCGCCAGGCCUCGGAGCGCACGCCCAACUCGGCCGUGACCCGCGAGAUGGUCCUGGAGGGCGCCGAGCGGCUCCGCGCCGCCAUUGGCCGCAACUCUGAGCAGACUGGCAGCCACGGCGCCGUCCUGGAGGCUGGCAAAAACCUGUCCAAGUACUGCGUCAGCUACGUGGACUCCAUCCAGCAGAUGCGGAACAAGUUCGCCUUCCGCGAGGCCAUCAACAAGCUGGAGAGCAGUCUGUGCGAACUGCAGAUCUGCCCCGCCGCCUCCGGGGGUGCUAACGCGCAGCAGGACUUCACCAAGCUGCUGUCUUCCGUCAAGGAGAUCAGCGACAUCGUUCAGAGGUAGCGGACUACGUACAAAACGCAGAUGAACUGAAAUUUGCCGACUGGUGACGCGGUACUACCGACUCCACCUGUGGUCUUUGUGGAUGGAUGCAAAGGAAUUUGGCCAAUUCUGGAGUUAGCGGAUAUUGAGUAACUACGAACGAGUAGUCAUGCUUGAAAUCUUUCCUCACGUAAUUCCAGAAAAAAGUGCCUGUUUUCAAAAAAAGGAUGCCUUUGACUAAGCUUAUAGCAUCCGGAAUCCAUUUGGCCCAGUCCAUCCCUUAUGCCAGGGUUUUCCAAACUGAGGGGCGGCACCCAAAAGUGGUUCGCACAACAGGCUUUUUGUUUCACGUGUUCUUUAUCGCAGUGUUUUUACAUUAGAAGCAAUCUCACGGCACACCACCAAACAUAAGUGUCACAAAAUGUACAAUACAUGGAGGGUGCAAAUAUAUGUAUACAGUUGUAAGAGGUAUACAGAGUUCUUUAUUUUUUUUUUACCCUCUUUCUUCACUUAUAGAUCUUUUCUGAUGCAUGCAUCUGCGUAAAUGUGAAAGUGCGCGCGCCAGUGUAAGAACAUGACGAUAAAGGUGUGCACGUGUGUGUAAGUACGUGAGCGCAUGUGAGUGUGUAAGAGGUCUAUCUGUGUGAGAGUAAAAAAAGUAAGACGUGUGUGUGUGUGUGAUAAAUGUAUGUGUGUGCGCGUGCGUGCGUGCGCAAUUAAAAUGGGACCGGAAAACUGAUCAUCCACUCUUUCCCACAUUACUAACGGUUCCGGUUCGAUCCAGUUUCUGGCGGUAUCUGGAAAUUGUUCGCUUUCUAAUUUUUCAGUGCUGUAUGAUUUAGCCACUUUCACUGACGAUUAGUUAAAUUACUUGCUAUAAAAGAAAUGAAUACAAAAGGUCAAAAAUGAAAAGUCAGUAUAGCUCUUUCAAAUGUAUACCUACUUUUGCACCCUGCGUAUACUUGAAAUAAAUCAUAAUUUAUGGAGCAUUUAUGUGAAAAUUGGGGCACAGUGGUUGGGGAAGACUCCUUUAUGGUGUAUGUCAGUGUUAUGGCAUGACGUGAUGUGUUUUGACCAAGUCGGGGUCUCCGGGUGGAACUUGGGGUUCUCCAAAACGGUUGGGAAACCCUGACUCACGUGACAAAAUUCAAAGUAUUUUCUUCUGUGCUGUGUGGCCGUUUCCUUUGUGGUUCGUCUUUUUCCCAACACGUUUCCGUACAAUGACGACAGCCAAGUAAGUCCAGUUUGUAACUUUUGAUACUUUGUGCCUUAAAGACUCUUAAAUGGCCAUACCAAAAAAAAAAAAGGAAAAAAAUGCCAAGCCCUUGUCCUCAGCUUGUACUGAGGAACUCAGUGGACUCUUGAGCGGAACUUCAGUUUAUUAAAAGCCAUCAGUAGCAGCUUCAACACAUCACAGACUCAAAAGUGUUUCUCGGGUCAUUUCUGUGUGUGAGAAAGUACAUUUUUAAGUGUGUGUAAGACAUUCGUGCGUGUGCAUGUACAUGUUUGUGUGUAACUGUGCGCAAGUGUUAAAGUGUGUGUGCAAGAACUUUGUGUGUAUAGGGGGAUGGAGGGGAAUGGUUGCGAACGCUGUUUUUCAAUAGAGAAUAUUUGUGGGGGGGAGGGGGGCGGUUGGAGUUUGGACGGAGCUUAUGGAGUUUCGGGAGGGGUGGCUCCGUUUCCUAAAACCCAGGGAAAGUCUUACCAUUUGUCUCCCCACUUUGACGCCCAUGUGUGUAAGUUUGUGCAAAUGUAAGUGUGUGUGUGAGAGUUAAGUUUGAAGUAUGUUUGUGGGAUUGUGAAGUGUGAGGAGUGGACCACACAAGCUGGCUUUCUGGACUUUGUACGGCGCUACGGUCCCGCGUUCAUGUGUCCGUCAUACAUGCCACUUCUCUUUGGGUGCAAGCCUCGUCACCAGCUUUAAAUAUGUUUUCUUACUCCCUUCUUCUCUAGCCUCAAAGUGCAAUUUUGGUUGCAAUAAAAUGACAAACGGAACAGUAAAUGGACCAUUUACUCCCAAUAAGGUAUGUGCGUGUGUGUUUGUAUAAGAAAAUGUGUCUUUGAGUCUGUGUGUGAUUACUUAAGUACUUGUGAGUUUGUAAGAAGUGUCAGUGUGUAAUUGUGUAAAAAGCAUCGUGUGUUUGACUGAGUUUGUGUCAGUGUCAUUGUGUGUCUUGUUGCUCAAAAAUGACAAACCACGAAAUUGUGACGUGCGACUCAAAACACCAGAGAAUGCGUGGACAGGUUAUGUAUAAUUUAUUUUUUCUCUCUGUCUAGUCUUUUUGUCAUUAAAAUCAGUCUUUUUUUUUUUUUUUUUUUAAAUCAUAUACACGCAAAAAAAUGCUUUUAAAUGUUAGCAUAGCUCCUUUUAAAAAUUUAUACAUAUGUACGUUUUUUUUAACUAGUUGUGGUACAGACAAAAGCAGAAAGUGGUCACUCAUACGGCAAAGGGGAAAUGAACACCCUCCCCCUUUAAAAAAAACAAACAAAAAAGUUAAGACAGCAAUGCGGAACUCAAAGUUCUGCACAUGAUCCUAAAUCUGGCAAAAUUCAAAAGUUCAGUAGUGUGUGAAUGGAAGGUGGGAUUACAUGGAUGUGUAUGUGUCUCUCCUUUACAUACAUUUAUUAUUAAUAAUAAACUAUAUUACAGAAUGACCCCCCCCCCUCGAGCAUUGAAAUACAGGCAACCCACAACUAACAUCAAACUGUACAAAGUCCGGGUCCCACCAAGUCAGGACAUCAGCACACAGUUAAACCAGAAGAUUUAUAUACAUAGCCAUCCAAUCAGGAGUCACUAUAGGGGGCAAUUUUCAGCCAGUUUGGGGGGGGCAUGCUUCUGCUUGGCGUAUUAUACAAGGCGGCCAUUUUGAGGACCAGUCAAGGCCGUGCUGCUUUCAAUGCUUUGAGACAAAAAAAAAAAAGGAAAUCUGGUGUCAGAUUGGGGAAAACAAAGACUAAUAAGGCAACAAACAAAAUGGUGCUCGUGAUAUGAGGGUGCAACCAUUUGAACUUAGUGACAUUUAUUGAACAGGGUAGCAAAAAGUAAUUGAAGGCUAAAUUGUCUUUAGGUGUCAAUGUGAAUGGUCAUUUGUCUAUAUGUGCCCUGUGAUUGGCUGCUCGCCAGUCCAGCGUGUACCCCAUUUCUCUCACCCAAAAGUCAGCUGGGAUAGGCUCCAGCUCACCUGUGACCUUAACGAGGACAAGUGUUAUCUAUAGAAAACAGAAAAGCAGUAUUCCUUCCCGUAACAAAUUCAAAGCCGCGCCACACGUUCUUUUAACGAGAUGCCUAAAAUGCCGUCCGUGCCUUCAUUGUCCCGAAUGGACAAAUCUCACCCUCGAUUGGUAGGCGGUGCAGGAAGAAGGCUGAUGGGGAUUUAGGUGUAAUUCAUAGAGAAGUUGUCAUUUGGAGCUAUAAAAGCAAACAUUAAAAAAGACAAAGUGACAGUCAUGUAAUGAACGUGUGGUGGCGAGAUGGUAGGAGCAAAAAUGUAAAGAAAAAAAGCUGGCAGGUAAGACGGGAGGAAGAGGGAGUCCAUUUGUCGCCUUCACUCCUCCGUGAAGGGGGUGGGUACGGUGGUCUUGGCUGGAUUUGGUUGGUGGGGGGGUCGCUUGGUCAUUAGCAUCCACAGCCUUCCCUCUGAGGCUGUGGUUCGCUGGUUAGCCGUCCCCCCUGGGGGGCCGACGGCUUGUGCUGGACGCCCGACUCGGCCGCGUUCAGGUCCAGGCUGCCGUCUUGGAUGUUCUGGUAGAUCUUCUUGGCCGCCUCCAGGAAGGCGUCCUCCACGUUUUCUCCCCUGAAUGCGACACAAA